GAUGUCACCGUGGGCCUUGGGUCCCCCACGGCGUCCCCGCCAUGUCACCAUGGGCCCAUGUCCCCAUGGUCUUCAGGUCCCUCAUGGUGUCCCUACGGCCCUUGGGUUCCUCUUGGGUCCCCCAUGAUCUUCAGGUCCUCCACAAUGUCCCCCUGGCCCCUGGGUCCCCCACGGUGUCCCCGCCAUGUCACCAUGGGCCCUGGGUCCCUCACGGUGUCCCCAUGGUCUUCAGGUCCCUCAUGGUGUCCCUACGGCCCUUGGGUUCCUCUUGGGUCCCCCAUGAUCUUCAGGUCCUCCACAAUGUCCCCCUGGCCCCUGGGUCCCCCACGGUGUCCCCGCCAUGUCACCAUGGGCCCUGGGUCCCUCACGGUGUCCCCAUGGUCUUCAGGUCCCUCAUGGUGUCCCUACGGCCCUUGGGUUCCUCUUGGGUCCCCCAUGAUCUUCAGGUCCUCCACAAUGUCCCCCUGGCCCCUGGGUCCCCCACGGUGUCCCCGCCAUGUCACCAUGGGCCCUGGGUCCCUCACGGUGUCCCCAUGGUCUUCAGGUCCCUCAUGGUGUCCCUACGGCCCUUGGGUUCCUCUUGGGUCCCCCAUGAUCUUCAGGUCCUCCACAAUGUCCCCCUGGCCCCUGGGUCCCCCACGGUGUCCCCGCCAUGUCACCAUGGGCCCUGGGUCCCUCACGGUGUCCCCACCGUGUCCCCAUGGUCUUCAGGUCCCUCAUGGUGUCCCUACGGCCCUUGGGUUCCUCUUGGGUUCCUCCUGGUCUUCAGCUCCCUCAUGGUGUUCCUAUGAUGUCCCCACAGCCCUUGGGUUCCUCUUGGGUUCCUCUUGGGUUCCUCUUGGUCUUCAGGUCCCCCACGGCAUCCCCACGGUGUCACCAUGGGCCCUGGGUCCCCCACGAUGUCCCCAUGGUCUUCAGGUCCCUCAUGGUGUCCCUACGGCCCUUGGGUUCCUCUUGGGUUCCUCUUGGGUCCCCCAUGGGUUCCUCUUGGGUUUCUCUUGGGUCCCCCAUGGUCUUUGGGUCCCUCACAAUGUCCCUACGAUGUCCCCAUGGGCCCUGGGUCCCCCAUGAUGUCCCCAUGGUCCUCAGGUCCCUCACGGUGUCCCUAUGAUGUCCGUAUGGCCCUUGGGUUCCUCUCAGGUCCCCCAUGGUCUUCAGGUCCCCCACGGUGUCCCCAUGAUCUUCAGGUCCGUCAUGGUGUCCCUAUGAUGUUCCUACAGCCCUAGGAU